AUGGCGCUCCGCAAGAACCUUGCCCACCGGUUUCUGAGCUUCUGCAGGCCGUCCUCGGCUGAGGCUCUGGCAGGGCGCUCAAGGGCCGCCGGCUACCAGGCCGUCCAGAAGCUUCGCGACUCCACCGCCACCUCGGAGGAGGGGUUCCUCCGGAGGGUGCUGCUCCAGAGCCGAGGCAUCGUUGAGUCUUCGUCUGCUUCGUCAGGCUCCCUGGAGCGCCUUCCCCUCCCCGUCGGGAACAAGCUGCUCGAGAGGCUGAGAUCCAUCAAUGGUGACCGGAUUCGUCUGGAUAUGCUCCAUCCCCCGGUCCAGAUCCCGAUCCCGCCCGAUCGUAAGGAGGAAAAAACGGCUGAGGCGGCCCCGUCGAUCUCUGUCGAAGAGGCGCGGAAGAUUCUGAGGUUGUCUAUGACGGAGGUGGUGAAAGCUAGGCUGAGAGAAACUGGGAAGAGCUCCAUCCCGUAUUCCGAGUUCGUCCGGAUCUGCUGCGAAGGCUCUGGCCAGCUUGAACAGGGGCUGAGCCUCGCCAGAGCGUUGGACGAGUCCGGCGCCGUGCUCGUCCUCGGGAACGUGGUUUUCCUCCGCCCAGAUCAGGUACCGAUUCCAUCACUUCCUUUCAGAAUUCUUCCUUUUCCACGUCCGUUGCGCACUUGAUCGUUUCUUCUCUCGUCCGUGACGGCCGAAGCCUGAUGGUGUUUUCCUUCAAUUUCUGGAUUUCCACAGGAAGAAACUGACGCAUCUAGAACAGUACUGUAAGUUCCGCGUCUGAGAUGGUGAACCGCUGAACCUGCAGCAGACCGAAACCGAUCCUGCAACCUUUCUUACCCAAAAAUCCUUCGAAACCUAAAAAAAUAGCGUUAAUCAAAGAAGUAUCAGAACCGUUUUUACAGUUUUUAUCUUCACUUUUAUCCCACUGAGACAGAGAGAUGGAGAGGGAGAUAGAUUUUGAUCCCGUUUCUGACUUUCAUUUGUUUUGGGGAGGUAUGAACAUGGAUAUAUAGCUGCUUGCUGUUGUGCGACAGCCUGAUCUUCACUAGAAACAUAGUAAACCUACCAUUAGAUAGAUCUCUUCGUCGUCUUUUGAGUCUCGACGAUUCCAGUUCCGAUUUUCCUCGGGAACACCUGUGGCAGAACGUCAUCGGUCGCCUGUGCUUUUUACUGCCCUUGUUUCCCACGUAAUCUCUCUUUUCUGUGAGAAUUUUCUAUGCAUUCGCUGGUGUUGCUCUCAGCAAAAGGUUUCUUCCUAUUCUUCGGUUUCAACCGUCCGAUCAUGUGUUUUUUUUUAUUGAACUUCUGAUCGACGCCAAAUCUGCAGUCAAUUCUAACGAACGAGUUGUUGGGUUCCCUAGGUGGCGAAGGCGAUUGAGAGGGUAAUCCCCCAGCCGCUGCUGAGCGCCGUGGACGGCCCUCAGCUGGAUGAGCUGAGGGAGUUGGAGCGUCAGAAGGCCGAGAUCGAUAGCCUGGCGAAGGCCGGGGUGCGGCGGGAGCUGUGGGGCGGGCUGGCCUAUCUGGUGCUGCAGACGGCGGCGUUCAUGCGGCUCACCUUCUGGGAGCUGUCGUGGGACGUGAUGGAGCCCAUCUGCUUCUACGUCACCUCCAUCUACUUCAUGGCCGGCUACACCUUCUUCCUCCGCACCUCCCGGGACCCCUCCUUCGAGGGCUUCUUCGAGAGCCGCUUCGCCUCCAAGCAGCGCCGCCUCAUGCAGGCCGCCAAGUUCGACCUCGCCCGUUUCAAGGAGCUGCGCAGGGUCUUCCCCCCCGCUGCGUCCUCCCCGCCGCCGCCCAUGGAAUUCUUCUCCCCUCUCCCCUCCUCCCUUUUGCCCUUCUCCUCCGCCGGUCACCGCCACCACGACCGGGACAACUUCCUGGGCUCCGUUAAUUAG